AUGGACAUCACUCCGGAUCAACCCGAGACUCCUUCCUCUCAGAUGUCCUGGACUACUACCUCUUCACCACCCCCAGAAGCUAGCGAACCCAAUGCUGGGAGUCCCGAUCUGAGACCAGCCAGGGAUUUGGACGUGGGCAUCUACGGUCGCGCCGUUGUGCGCAGCGGCGAAUUCGCCCCUUCUCACAUGUUGAGAGGCCGCAAUACCAGAAGCACUACGCGCUGGGUGCAAGCUCAAUCAGAAAGACGCAAUAUGGCCUCGCCCUUCAACCCAGAGGCCGCGCCAUUCAAUCCGCCAGGCCUCAUGCGCUCUAAGAGAAAAGCAUCGUCGCCGACGGAAAAGCCUCCUGGUAAGGCCAUUCAAAGCAGCUCCAAUGCUGUGAGCCGAUAUCAGUAUGACGGUGACGUCCCUACCAUCGAGGCGAAGCAGGUGUUCGCGACAGGUGAUUUCACCAGUUCAGAUCGCGCAACUCCAGAUCUAUCAGAACAGGUGCAGGAGUACUCGGACGAUGAAGAUAUCGCACUCGACAUACUGGAGCGGGUCGCUCGGGGCCCUUCUCCCGACAAUUUCCAGACCAACGCAGACGUCUUCUCAACCUCCGCAUUCCGGACAAAAGAAGCAUUCAAAAAACGCCGUCGGGAAGCGGAAGGUCGAAAGUUCUCCGCCGUGCUCGUAUCGCGCCACAGCGAAGCCUGUCCUACGUCUAACACUUCUCCCAAGUUUUCUGAUCAGGUCCGGUAUCUAGCGCUUGCUCCAGCAUCCAGAGGUCGCAUAAAUGUUGAGAACAGCGAUUAUCUGACGGUCCUACCAGAGCACCGGAACCACACGCAACAGACGCAGCAGACGCAGCAGUCCGGCAGCGUCGCUUGGCCGCGCGAGAGGCUUCCGGUGGAGCUCUUUGAUCUCAUUACCGACAGUCUUGCCCGCGAUGACGUGAUGUCGAUGCGUCUGGUCAACAGAGAAUUCGAGCAGAAGGUCUCGCGCUCGCUUUUCCAUACGUCUGUCGUUCCCUUUAACACCGAGCUCUACGACAUGAUCGAUGACAGAAACAAGCUCGCCAAAUCUCAAACAAGACCUAUCGACAAAGGCAAGGGCAAAGCGAGGGUAGUUGAGCAAUAUCCAGACCCGCCCGGCCUGCAUUGGCAGAACGCAAAGGUCGACCAGGAUGGCAAGGUGUAUAAGGGACACGGCCUCCGAGUCUUCCAGGGCUUCGGCCCACACAUUAGACGCUUCGGCAUGAGUUUCGAGGUGUCGGAGAAGCAGCUCUGUCAGCCACUCAAUAAGAAGGUGCUUGACGAAGUCACUUCGUACCACGGCUCAUACGAGUGGCCCGCGCAGCACUACGCACGUUUCGCCAAUCUUGCCGGUCUGGAGAACACCGCCGACGAGACCUCACGCAUGAAAGCCGCUUUCUCGAACCUUGAGCAUGUCAGGGAGCUCGGGCUUGCGCUCGACAGCGGUCUCGGGUGGCUGAGCGGGCCAGACAAGUCGGUGCGGGCAAGAGUGUUUGAGCGCCAGUCCCCUGUAUUUGGCUCGGUCUACAACGUUCCGGACCAUGCGCUUCAAGCUGCCGGUCAAUUUUGGUCGGCUCUGAAGAACUCUCAACUUGCUUUCCACCCGACGUCAAACAUGAAGGAGAUCACGCUCGACACCUCGCCAACUCCUGUGCUCAGUCUCAGUAAGCUUGGGGAGUACUCAGACGUCGGUCUGUGGCCAACUGUGUCGGCAUCAAGGAUCGUCUCGACAGACAGCCCCAAGGAGCCUACUCAUGCUGACGGCGUUGUCUUCACUACCGACCGAGCUGACUGCGGAUUUGACACGGGCACACUGCCACUUGCGCCGUGUCACCUGAAGCAGGAGCAGAAAGAGUGGUUGCUCGAGACCCAGUGGGCCCAGCAAGCAUUCCUGGAGUCCUACAUGCUGGCGGUUAUCGACAACCCGAACAUCUUCAAGCAGGUCACGACCCUCAAUAUCGCAAAGCUUUCCAGCCGCUUUGUUCCCAUGCUGUCCCGCCCUUACAUCUGGGCCGCACUGCCCUGUCUCGCCGACGUGAAUCUGCAAAUCAGCCCCGAUUGGCGUUCCGUCGACAAGGAUAGCUCCGCUGCGGUGGUUGAGCAACCCGUGUGGCCAUCAGCGGCCGUCGACCAAUUCCACAACGGCCUACUGCAGCAACGCAUCGCCCAACGCCAGACGAUCAAGAAACUCACCAUCGGCUGGGUCGGUGGCGGUGAGCACGCUGAAGGCAUCUGCGGACGCAACAACGGUCUCCUUCCUGCACCCAUCAUCCCGCGGAACCGCUGUACCGAGAACAGCGGCAUGCAUGUCAUGGUGUUCAGCCAUGUUGAGCAUCUCACGCUGUCCAACUGCUGGGUUACGCCGGUUGUGUUGGAGAGUCUAGUGAAGAAGCAUGAGGGGAUGGCGUUGAAGAAGCUCACGCUCGAUUCGGUGUCGCUUACAACGCAUCCACGGAACGUUACUAAUGACAACGCAGUCGCGGCCGUUCAGAACUUCAACGUCCCACAGAAUGCACAAGGUCAGCAUGCCGCACUCUUUGCGCAAGUACAUCAACACCUGCAGCAAAUUCAGCAGGGGAACCAACAGAUGCAGCAACUAGUGUUUGGGCAUAACGGCAACCAGAACGCGCCGAAUCCGCUAGUACCUCCAGCGAACCAGGCCAUUGGUCCGAAUUGGACCCAGGUUAACUUCGCUCUCACGGCUCAAGCUGGUGGUGUGAACGGUGCUGCUCCAAUCCAGAUCAACCCACUCAAUAUCCACCCCGCCCCCGUCGAAUUCAACGCUCACUGGAGCCUCGGACACGGCGAAGGCUUAUGGCCCGACGUUCUCAACAAAAUCUCUCCCGGCCCCGUCUUCAACGACUACCUCCCCGCCCCAGCAGCAUGGGAGGAACAACACCCCGAGCGUCCAGAGUCCGCCCUUCAAACACUCGAGCUCAAGUCCUGCGGCUACGUCCUCCUCCCCAACUUCGGAGGUUUCGACCAAUCCGCCCUCCUCAGCUUUGAGCGCUUUUCGAGCCGAGGCUCGCUCUGGUUCGAGAAGCGUCGCACCGCGCUGAAGAACGUGAUGAUGCAUACGACUGAUAGCUGGAUCGGUAAAAUUGUGCAGCGGAUGCCGGUGCGGGAGUUGGAUGCGCUGCGGUUUGCGUGGGGUUUGCGGGAGGGCUGGGAGGAUCUGGAGAAGGCGGAGGAGCCGACGUACGAUGGUGCGUUGCCUGGGGGGACGGGGAGGGUGAGUGGUGUGAUCACGAAGGGGAUGGGGUUGAUCGGGGAGACGGAGAAGGUGGGGAAGGGGAAGGGGAAGGCGAGGGCAUUGUAG